AUGCCUCAACGCAAGGAGCCUAUCGCUAUUAUCGGGAGUGCAUGCAAUUUCCCCGGCAAUAGCACCACCCCGUCAAAACUAUGGGAACUACUAAAAGAGCCUCGCGACCUUUCUAAACCUAUUCCCGACAACCGUUUUAAUGCUGAUGUGUGGCACCACAAAGACAACUCCCAUCACGGUACCAGCAACGUCACUAAAUCUUACUUCCUCGAGGCAGACCCUGCAGUAUUUGAUGCAAAUUUCUUCAAUAUUCCACCAAACGAAUGUGAGGCUAUCGAUCCACAGCAGCGUAUGCUGCUAGAGACUGUUUACGAAUCUUUGUGUGCCGCUGGCGUCACCAUGGAAGGCCUCCGUGGGUCUUCUACUGCUUGCUAUGUUGGGCUCAUGUGUGAUGACUGGGCUGGCAUGCUGGCUAAGGACUGGGACUGCCUACCCCAGUAUGCUGCUACUGGUAUAUCUCGUGCUAUCAUGGCGAACCGUAUCUCCUACUUCUUUGAUUGGCAUGGGCCGUCCAUGACCAUUGAUACGGCGUGCUCAUCUUCAUUGGUGGCUGUACAUGAAGCUGUGCAGGUUCUCAGAAGUGGUGACUGCAAUGUUGCAGUUGCCUGUGGAGCGAAUUUAAUUCUCACCCCUGGCAUGUAUAUUGCGGAAAGUAAAUUGAAAAUGCUUUCUCCUGAUGGAAAGUCACGAAUGUGGGACCAAGGUGCCAACGGUUAUGCAAGAGGUGAAGGUCUUGCAGCUGUAGUUUUGAAAACCUUGAGCCAGGCCAUAAAAGAUGGUGACAAUAUUGAGUGUGUGAUCAGGGAGACCGCAUUCAACCAAGAUGGCCGCACUACCGGUAUAACUAUGCCGAGUAACCUUGCUCAAACUGCCUUGAUCAGAGAAACAUACAAGAAGGCCGGUCUUGAUCCCUUGAAUCCCAACGACCAGCCUCAAUAUUUCCAUGCUCACGGAACUGGAACGCCAGCUGGAGAUCCACAAGAAGCCGAGGCAAUCAGCCGAGCCUUUUUCAACGAUGGCCAAGUAGCCGAAAAGAAGCUCUGGGUCGGUUCUAUCAAGACUAUCAUCGGCCACACUGAGGGUACCGCCGGCCUUGCCAGUCUUAUUGGCACUUCUCUUGCCUUACAAAACAAGACCAUUCCGCCAAACUUGCACCUUAACCAGAUUGCCGAGAAAGUCAAGCCUUUCUACACGAAUUUGGAAGUCCCAACCACAAGCCACGAAUGGCCUUCUCCACCAGCUGGCCAACCUAUGCGUGCCUCUGUCAACAGUUUCGGCUUUGGUGGUGCUAAUGCGCAUGCAAUUCUUGAAAGCUAUGAUCCAAUUGAGAACCAGGCCUCUUGCAAGGAAACGGAAAGAUCUCUCUUCACACCUCUUACUUUCUCUGCCAACUCGGAGAAGAGUCUUAGGGGGAUGUUAGAGACAUUUUCGCAAUAUCUAAGCGCUGAAAAUGCUCCUGAUAUUAGCGACGUUGCUUGGACUCUGCAGAACCACCGUUCUGCCUUAGUAUACAAGAUUGCCAUCUCCGGCCGAAUGACAACUGAUCUUGUUGCUGGCAUCGAUGCUGCUCGUAACCAGAAAGACAGCAUUGGUGUUCGAUCUUCGGGGCCGGAGAAACUAACAGUUCUAGGCGUCUUUACUGGUCAAGGCGCGCAGUGGCCAACUAUGGGUCGCGAGCUCAUCAAAACAUCUGGCCAUGUGCGUAACAUUGUCGCAGGCCUAGAUAGGUCGCUUCAGGAGCUCCCUGAGCGCGAUCGACCAAACUGGUCAAUCCAAGGUGAACUUGAGGCUGAUAACAAGUCAUCUCGCCUUUCAGAAGCUGCACUUUCCCAACCUCUCUGCACUGCCGUUCAAAUCGUCCUGGUAGACUUGCUUAAGGCUGCUGGGACCAAUUUGGAGUUUAAUGCAGUUAUCGGGCACUCAUCUGGAGAAAUUGCAGCUGCCUAUGCUUCUGGAUUUAUUUCUGCCAGAGAUGCGAUCCGUGUCGCCUACUACCGUGGUCUUUACGCAAAAUUUGCUAGGUCUCCUUCUGGAAAGAAGGGCGCAAUGAUGGCAGUUGGAACUACUCUUGAAGAUGCAGAGGAGUUUUGCCAGCUCGAUGAGUUUGAAGGCCGUAUCACUGUUGCGGCAAGCAACGCUGCUACUAGCGUUACACUUUCUGGCGACGGGGAUGCUAUUGACAAAGCUCAGGUGGUGUUUAAGGAUGAAUCUAAAUUUGUCCGAAAACUCAGGGUUGAUACUGCUUACCACUCUUUCCACAUGAACUCGUGCUCAGAAAUGUACUUGAAGGCAAUGCAUACAUGUGGCAUUGAAUAUAAAGAAGGAUACUCGUCCGUCUCGUGGUACUCCUCCGUCAUUCCUGAUAAGAAGAUGGCCAGUAGUGACCUCAACGGUCAGUAUUGGGCUGACAACAUGAAUAAUACGGUCCUAUUUUCACAAGCUGGGAUUACUGCUGUUAAGGAGUCAGGCCCAUUUGACUUGGUCAUCGAGAUUGGGCCACACCCGGCUUUGAAGGGCCCAUGCCUAGAAAACCUUGAGCAGGCUACUGGUGUGGGUGGUACGCCUUAUACUGGGCUUUUGUCGCGCGGAGUGGAUGAUGUGAAGGCAUUUUCCGCUGCCCUCGGUUAUAUUUGGGAGUGCUUCGGUUCUGCUGCAGUUGACUUUGGAGGCUAUGAUAAACUCAUGUCUGCAAAUUCUCAGCGCAGAAAUUUGUCAGCGGAGCUUCCUGAGUACUCUUGGGAUCAUACUAGGAGCUACUGGCUUGAUUCUCGAGUGGCUACUUCCUACACCACCCGUGAGGCGCCCCAUCCUAUGUUAGGUGUAAAUGCUGUUGAAGGCAGCACGGGGACUCAAAUUCAGUGGAGGAAUAUUCUAUUCCCUAAGGAAAUAUCAUGGAUACCCGGCCACAGACUACAGGGCCAGAAUGUUUUCCCAGCAUCUGGGUAUGUGUGCAUGGCUAUUGAGGCUAUAAUGACCCUCUCAAAUAACCGGGAAGUGCAACUUAUCGAGCUCGAGGAUGUGGACAUUGCUCGUGCUAUUUCCUUCCUUGAUGACACUGCUGGUAUUGAAAUCAUCUUUACCCUCAAUGUCUUGUCAUCAGAACCUGAGUUGAUUAGUGCAAACUUCCAAAUUUCAUCAUGCCCCAAAGGUGAUAAUACUUUAACCUUAAAUGGGAAGGGGAAGAUAUCCAUCCGUUUUGGUGAAUCAAUUGUUGAUGCGCUCUCAGUUUCCCAGGUCCCUCAAUUUAACAUGGCAAGUGUCGAUAUUGACCGAUUCUACAAAUAUCUAUCAGACAUGGGUUACAACUACUCGCCGCCCUUCAAGGCAAUCAGCUCCAUCCUACGUAGAAAAGAUGCAGCUGUUGGAGAAAUCACUGAUUCCCGUGGCGGGUCUUGGGAAGAUAGUUUCCUUAUGCAUCCAGGAUUCGUGGAUACCAGCUUUCAGGCCGUCUUUGCUGCAUUUAGCUCCCCUGGAGAUGAUAGACUCUGGUCUAUCCAUGUGCCCACUAAGAUCAACCGCCUAUCAAUUAACCCAUCAUUGGCAGUGUUCCCUCCAGGAGAAGAAAUCGUCUGGCCUUGGCAAGCUGUUGUUACUAGUGAGACCCAUGAUACUCCAACAGCUGAUAUUGAAGUAUUUGCCCCAAAUAAAAAUGGAGUUCUCAUGGAAAUUGAAGGCAUUGUUCUUGUCCCAUUGGCCAAAGCCUCCGAGGAGAAUGAUGUUAAACUGUUCUCCAACCUCAUCUAUGACCUAGCCCAGCCAGAUGGAGUUGUUGCCGCCCCAAAUCGACUAUCCAAACCUGACGCUCAUAUAGCAAAGGUCUCGGAACGGUUCUCUUUCUACUGGAUUAAUAAACUCCUCAAUUCCAUUACCACCAAAGAGGAAGAAGAAACUCUUUCACAUUUCAAAUAUAUGUUAAGAUGGUAUCGCGCUGAUAUCUCUAUUCUCAGAGCUGUUGGCCAGAAUAUUGCACAUGUUAUUCGCACUCGUGGGAACAUUCAUGAGUAUACCUUGAAAGACAACAUCCUCGAUCGCUUCUAUGAAGAAGCUAUUGGCCUUGAUAUUACUAAUCAAUGGGAAGCGAAUCUUGCCGCCCAAGUUGCAUACAGAUACCCGCGUAUGAAUAUCAUUGAAAUUGGUGCUGGCACAGGUGGUUCAACACGAAUGAUUCUACCCACUCUCGACAAAGCCUUUUCAACUUAUACCUUCACUGAUAUCUCUUCUGGUUUCUUUGAAGCAGCGGAGAAAAGAUUCAGCCAAUACUCUGACCGCAUGAUCUUUAAAACCCUUGAUAUGGAGAAGGAUCUAAGUGAACAAGGAUUUACCGAAGGUCAUUAUGAUAUGGUACUUGCGUCAAAUGUACUUCAUGUUGGCCCUGAUAUUGAUUUGACCCUGUCAAAUGUACGCAAACUAGUCAAGCCUGGUGGUUGGCUAAUUAACAUGGAAGUUGCCACAUACUUCCCUAGCUUGCGAGAGGGAUUCUCCAUGUCUGGCUUCCCCGGUUGGUGGUGUGGUGCUGAAACAGGUCGCCCAUGGGGCCCAACGAUACCUGUAGAGGAAUGGGAUAAGGUGUAUAAACGUACUGGAUGGUCAGGAAUUGAUGCUCUAACCCCCAAUAUUGAUUCUAUAGACCAUCUGGUUGUUAUGGCCACCCAGGCUGUCGAUCCCCAAAUUUACACCCUUCGAGAUCCCCUUGCACUUGAACAUGCCCACCCACAGCGGGAGAACCUUGUUAUUAUUGGAGGGAAAACCGAGGAAGUUGCUAACAUAGUUACUGAGUGCAGCAGCAUUCUACGCUCACACUUCAGCUCGAUCAGGAAUGUUACUUGCAUCGAUAAUUUUUCCAAUAGUGACACCAAGGCUGUGGCCACUGUGCUGAAUUUAGCCGAGCUAGAUGUUCCAAUCAUGAAAGAGCUUAUGGAUGACCAGCCUCAGAAACUUGAGGGUGUCAAAGAGGUGUUUUCGACUCCCAGAGAAAUCCUUUGGGUGACCAAGGGUAACAGGUCAGAGAGUCCAUACUCCCGUAUGCUUGUUGGCAUGGCGCGAACGCUUCGCAGAGAGUAUUCUGGAAUCAAUUUCCAGGCCCUUGAUGUGGAUGUGCUCGACUCAAACUCUGCCAAACUAUUUGCGGAAACAUUGCUCCGACAUCUUAACCUCCAAGCAGCAAACAAUCAACUUGUACCUGAUUCUAUUCUGUGGAGCGACGAAUCAGAGUAUCACCUAGAGAAAAAUAAGAUCUACAUACCAAGACUAAUAUCCGCAGAUAAGAUCAACGAUCGAUAUAAUUCAUACAAGCGUCGUAUUACCCACGAAGCCUCAGCCAGAGACUCCAAUAUUGAAUUAAUCAGCAAAAGCAACUCCUACAAUCUUUGUGAGCCCUCUCCACUCAAGCCCACCACUAGGUCCGAAAGCGACAGUGAAAUUACUGUAUCCCAGUCAUUACUUCAAUCUGUGGAAGUACCUCUGGUUGGCCACUUCUUUUUGUGCUAUGGCACAGACGAUUGUGGUGAACACGUCAUUGCUCUCUCUGAUCGAAGCAACUCGGUUGUUCAUGUUCCAAGGUCCUGGACUAUACCAUACGGCGGAACACCCAACCCAGAACAAGUCAUUCUUUCGGUUGCUGCCAACCUCGUUGCCCAUUUGAUUAUCGCGGAUAUCUCAGCAAAUAGUACCAUAUUAGUGCAUGAUCCUGAUCAGAUUGUAGCUGCUGCCAUCAGCAAACAAGCAGCAACGAAGAAGAUUCAGGUAUUCUUCACGACUACCCAAACUUCAAAGAAGGGACCUCAGUGGACCUAUAUACACCCCAAAACACCUCGUCGCUUGCUGAAGAAACAAUUGCCAAAAAGAAUAUCUACUUUCAUCAACUUCUCCAGCAUCUCAGACAAGCAGACUAUGGUUAAUCUGCUAGACAGCCUUCCACUUUGUUGCAAACAAUCGGACCGAUCUAUGUUCUUCGGAAAUAGUGUGGCAAAGCGCCCCGGCUCCAACGCUGAACUAGUUUCCAAAAUCCUAACUACAGGCUUUGAUAUUGCUAAAACCACUAACUUCUCGGUCCCUUACAAUAGAUCUACCUUGCCUCUGGAUAGAGUCCCGGGUUAUUCUGACAGAACUAAGGACUUGAUGGUUAUCGACUGGGUAACAGAUAACAAAAUUUCUCUCACAGUCGAGCCUAUCGACCCCUAUGCUGAUCUAUUUAGCGCCGAAAAGACAUACCUCAUGAUUGGUUUGUCUGGUGAGAUGGGCCAGUCCCUUGCUGAAUGGAUGGUGAACAGAGGAGCUAGAUAUGUCGUUCUUACUAGCAGGAGGCCAAAGGUCAACACCGAGUGGAUUGAGAGUAUGGAAGACGAAUAUGGGGCAACUAUCAAAUCGAUGCCACUGGAUAUCACGGACGCCGAUGCUCUUCAUUCUUGCUAUAACAAAAUCUGCCGUACUAUGCCACCCAUUGGUGGUGUUGCUCAUGGAGCCAUGGUUCUUGUUGAUAGUCUCUUCCAGAAGAUGAGCUAUGAGGAUCUCAUGGCAGCCCUCAGGCCAAAAGUCCUUGGUGCAAUUAACUUGGAUAACCUUUUCUCAGAGAAUACCCUUGACUUCUUCAUUCUAUUUUCUUCCAUCACAGCUCUAAUUGGAAACGCAGGCCAGAGUAACUAUAUCGGUGCCAACAGCUUUAUGGAAUCUCUCGGCCUGCAGCGCCGCCGUAAAGGCCUCUCAGCGUCGGUUAUCGCUAUUUCAUCGCUGAUUGGUCUUGGUUAUUUCGAACGUGCUGAGAACUUAGACAUUGACCAAUUUUCACGAUCUGGUUAUAGGAAUGUCUCUGAACAGGAUAUUCAUACCUUAUUUGCGGAGGCAAUUGUAAGGGGGCGACCGGGAACCACAGAGAGUCAUGAAGUUGUUUCAGGUGUUGUUCCAACAUAUGCGGACGGGGAUAUCAGGGCAUCCUACUUGAAGGACAUGAAGUUCUCACACCUCAUUCUAGAGCGUACUUCCGCCAAACAAGAUGGCUCUUCGUCUACUCAGAUUCCCGUUAGGAUUCAACUUCUUACUGCAACUACGGAGGAUGAAGUUCGCGAAGUCAUGCAGUCUGGCCUUACACGAAGAAUUAAGAAGAUGCUGCGCAUCCCGGAGGAGGAUGUUUUUAACGCAACAGAUUCCCUGGUAGAACAGGGUGUAGACUCCCUUGUUGCUGUCGAAAUCCGGACAUGGUUCAUCCGGGAAAUUGAUAUUGAUAUGCCUGUUCUCAAGGUUCUAGGCGGUUCCUCUAUCUCUGACCUUUUAAACGAUGCCAUACAAAAGAUAUCUCCUGAGCUAACCCCCUGUCUUGGCUCUAAAGGGACUAAAUCAAACCUCAAUGGCCAUCCCACUCCGCCAAAAGAGGUUCCUAAUCCUUCUUUCAAACCAGCAGCGAUAGAUAGCUCUCCUAGCGUCACCCAGGACACCCAGUCCCAGUCAAAAUCGCCAAACACUAGCUUAGUACACUCCACACCUCUUACUAUCACCGCAAUCACAGAGACACCUGCUAAGCCUUUAGGCGAUGAGCCAAGAUUGGCCGUUGAAAAUAGCAAUAUACAACAAGGUUUGGGCCGCCGAGAAAAAUCAGAAGUCACUGAGAAGAUGUCAUUUGGACAAUCACGAUUUUGGUUCCUUAACCAAGCCCUCAAUGAUAAAACAACGUUCAACAUGGCAAUAUUAGUUAGGCUUAGCGGCCGUAUUCGUGUUAAGGACAUGGAAAGGGCCUUAGAGCUUGUCGUUCUAAGGCAUGAUGCUCUACGAACAAGGUACUUUUCAACUGGUGAAUAUAUGGAGAGUCCGAUGCAGGGAGUGAUUUCAACAUCUGCAGUCAAACUAGUGGUCAAGCACUGCAAGGACGAAUCUGCUGCUUACAGAGAGCUUGAUGAGCUCAGGUCCCAUGUAUGGGAUAUAGGGGACUGGGAAACCAUGAAAGUGUCACUGCUCUCUUCUUCGGAUACAAUGCACUACCUCGUCAUCGGAUGCCACCACAUUGGCAUGGAUGGGUUCAGCUUUAAUGUGUUCUAUAGCGACCUCGAGAAAGCUUAUGAAGGCCAAAAGCUCCCUAUUAUUCCCAAGUCUUCUCAAUACGGAGCAUUUGCAAGAAAGCAGCGCGAAGAUUGGGAAAAUGGCAAUAUGAAUGCGGAUCUCGCAUAUUACCGUGAAAUUAUCCCCCGCAAUCUCAACCCGAUCCCAUUAUUCCCAUUUGCAAAGACCAGCACUCGCUUGCCGCUGGAUACCUACGAUACGUAUAGUGCGGAUGUCCGUAUUGAGCCUGCAUUGACCAAAAAAAUUAAGGCUGCCUCUCGAUUCCUGAGCUCAACCACGUUCCACUUCUAUCUCGCAGUUCUGCAAACUCUCAUCUUCCGCCAGCUAGAUGAUUGUGAUGAGUUCUUCAUUGGUGUUGCAGAUGCAAACAGAACUGAUGACAAAUUUAUCAAUACUCUUGGAUUCUUCCUUAACCUCCUUCCAGUUCGCUUCGAACGCCAUGCUGCGAAAAAAUUUGGAGAAGCAGUGAAGCAGGUUCGCGACAAAGUGUACACGGGGCUUGCUCAUUCUAAACUGCCAUUUGACGUUCUCCUAGACGAGUUAAAGAUCCCUCGCUCUGCGACGGCCACUCCCAUAUUCCAAGUUUUCGUGGACUACAGACAGGGUGUUCAAGAGAGACAAAAGUACAUGGGUCUUGAUGCUGUUGGUGAGAAAUGGCAUCUUGCUAGGACUGGCUACGACAUGACCCUUGAUAUUGUUGAAAAUGCUGCUGGUGAUACCCGUCUUGAGCUUCGGCUUCAGAAACGACUAUACACGGCACAGCAUACCAAGCUUUUGCUGAAUGGCUACGUGAAUCUCCUGACAGCUUUUGCUAAUAACCCAACCGCAGAUUGGAGUGUUCCAGAUGUAUGGGAUAGCCAGACGAUCAGCAACGCCCUCGAAGUUGGCCGUGGUCGAUCUCUUCAAUACGAAUGGGCACCUACCGUAAUGCAUCAUAUCGAUAAUGUGGUAUCUCAAUACGGAACCAAUAUCUGCCUCAAGGACGGUACGGGGAAAACAAUGACUUACUCACAAAUGGCAGACCGUGUCAACUCCAUCUGCGCCGCCCUUAUUGCUACUAAGGUCAUAGGAGGGGAUAAGGUAGCCGUUUUCCAACAGCCCACUGCUGACUGGGUUUGCUCACUACUGGCUAUAUUCCGUGCUGGGGCAGUCUAUGUUCCUCUCGACCUCCGUUCUCCUCUCCCUCGCCUCGCGGCCAUCGUUGACCAAGCCAGGCCUUGUGUGAUCAUUGCUCAUAGCCAAACCCUAAGAGACGUUAAACAUCUUGAGGUUCCGAACGCUGUGGUGGUUAAUGUCUCUAGCCUGGCUACCAGUGGUCAAGCUAUGCCAAAUCUCGCGAAACCGGAUGAGCUCGCUGUUGUCUUAUUUACCAGUGGCUCCACAGGAAUUCCCAAGGGUAUUCACAUAAAUCACAGCAAUAUUAUUAAACAGUUAGAAGGCUGUUCCAAGCAAUUUGAAUUUAAGGGCACUGCCUCCUAUGUUUUGCACCAAACGGCAUAUUCAUUUGAUAAAUCGCUUGAGCAAAUUUUUACUGCCCUCGUCCAUGGUGGUGCUCUCUAUGUGGUUCCAGCAGAGCAGCGUGGGGAUCCUAUCUCAAUUACCAACAUCAUGGCUUCUGAAGGAAUAACUCAUACCGCGACAACUCCAUCUGAGUACCUGAUGUGGUUCCGAUAUGCACGAGAUAACCUUCUGAAAUGUAAAACUUGGAAGUGUGCCCUUCUUGGAGGCGAGGUUGCUUCAGAUGCCGUAAUCGAAGAGUUCCGCAAGUUGGGAAUGCCUAUCAGACUCCUUGACAGCUAUGGUCCCGCAGAAAUCACAAUGUCUUGUGCCAAAGUUGAACUUCCAUACCGCUCCAUGAUAACAGGGCAUCCGGCGCCAGUCGGCUUUAUGCUACCCAAUUACUCCGUUUCUAUCGUUGACUCUCAGAUGAACCCACUGCCUCUCGGUUUCGUUGGUGAGAUUGUCAUUGGAGGUGUAGGUGUUGCGUCUGGAUACUUGAACAAUGAUGAGCUCACGAAGCAGAAAUUCAUUCAAAACAGUUUCGGGGGUGACGGCAUGGUCUAUCGAACUGGCGACAAAGGCCGCCUUACUGAAGAAGGCGCACUUUUCUUUGAAGGCCGAAUAGAUGGCGAUACCCAGAUCAAGCUACGUGGUGUACGUAUAGAGCUUGAAGAUAUUGAAAGUACCAUACUUCAAGCCUCCGCUGGUGCCCUUACACACGCUGUCGUGACCCUACGUGGAAAACAAGAUUCUACCUUUCUGGUAGCACAUGUUGUUUUCUCCGCAACAUAUGCUGAACCUCGCGAUGACCUGCUUACCCGUCUUCCAAUACUGCUACCACUGCCCCAGUAUAUGAUCCCUACUAUUUUCAUCGCUUUGGACAAUCUCCCUUUUACAACGCAUUUCAAGGUGGACAGAAAAGCUGUGCUAGCUCUUCCAGUCCCAGAGGUGGGAAAUGCAUCCACAGAACAGAUCAUUGGACUUACGGAGACUGAAGCCCAGCUUGCAAUCCUCUGGAACCACAUCAUUCCUGCCACACGUGUUUUGAUACCCGGUUCUGACUUCUUCCAUGCUGGAGGAAAUUCCCUUAUGCUUGUUAAAUUACAAGCGAUGAUACGCCAAAGCUUCAGUGUAAGCCUUCGACUUUUUGAUAUAAUGAAUGCUGGAACGCUUCGAAGCAUGGCUUGUUUGAUUGAGGAUGCCCUUGGUGCCAAGGAACUGGAUUGGGAUGCAGAAACUGCCCUACCAACACUUCCCUCGCGGAACCCUGAUAUCUCCCCUCCAAAACAUAAGGACAUAGUAGUCAUGAUGACCGGAGCCACUGGAGUCCUUGGAAAGAAUGUUCUUGCCCACCUAGUUGCGGAUGACCGUAUCUCCAAAAUAUAUGCCGUGGCUGUCCGUCCCCAGAACGGUAUUUCUGCCCUUACUCGCAUCCUUGACCCUAAGAAAAAGAUCAAUAUCAAACACGGUGACCUCGAUAAAGCUCGUCUUGGCCUAUCUGAAAAGGAAGCAAUUAUUCUAGCUAGCGAAGCUGACGUAAUCCUUCAUCUUGGUGCUAACCGUUCAUUCUGGGAUUCUUACUAUCACCUCCGUGCUAUCAACGUCUUUAGUGUCAAAGAAAUUGUCAAGAUUGCACACCCUCGCAAUGUCCCUAUCCACUUCGUUUCGUCUGGCGGAGUCUCCGCAUACUCAUUCAACUCUCCACCGACCAAUGGACAUGAUGGAUAUGUUGCCUCCAAAUGGGCUGCAGAGAAAGUACUUGCCAACGCAGCGAAUGAAGUUGGUUUGAAAGCUGUUUUGCAUCGCCCGACAAAAGCCCCUGGUGGUACAUCCGUUGCUCCGACUGAGAUUCUAGAUGAACUCCUUUCACUUGCCAAACAACUCCAAAAGAAACCAGCCCUUGAUGGUCUAAGCGGAAGCCUAGGCAUCGUUCCGCUCGAACACAUUGCUGAAGAUAUCGUGAGGACCAUCUUCGGCACCGAAAUGAUAGGCUUGGGCCAACCAGAAGUCAUCACACACUCCAGUACUCUUAAUGUUAAUAUCAAAGAGUUUGCAGACAGAAUUCUCCAGGAUCAGGAUGUUUCUGCCCUAGAGGAGAUGCCAGCCCUUCAAUGGAUGGGCUUGGCUAAAAAAGGAGGAUGGAGCCAGUUCAUGGUUGGCCAUGAAAUUCAUAUGCACAACUCCAAUGAUCGAAUCGUGUCCACUCGAUAG